UCUAGGCGAUGGAGGUGGAGAGGGCGAUGACCAGUGAGCUGCAGACCCUGAAACAGGAGCUUCAACAGAGAGGCCACCACAACAGACCACAGGACGAGGAGCUGCUCAGUGCCAUGAGGGAGCAGGUAGGCUACACACACACACACACACACACACACACACACACACACACAGUUUUGUAUUGCUAUCCUUGUGGGGAACAAAUAAUUGAUUCCCAUCCAAAAUCCUAUUUUCUCUAACCCCUAACCCUAAAUCUAACCCUAACCUUAACUCUUAACCUAACCCUAACCCUAAGCCUAACCUUAACCCCAAACCCCUAACCCUAAAAUAGCGUUUUUCCUCUUGGUGACCAGCAAAAUGUCCCCAAUUGUCAGAAUUUUUCUUGUUUUACUAUCCUUGUGAGGACUUCUGGUACCCACAAGGAUUGUUAAACAAAAACACACACACACUUUAUCUCGCUCCCUGUGUGGGUCCAGGUGGUGCGUCUGUCCCAGAAAGAGCAGGCUCUAGAGGAGCGGCUGGAGAGUGUGUGUCAGGAGAACGCAGACCUACGAGACAGCCUGGCCUUCCUACACACACGCAUAGCUCUACAGGACCAACACAACCAGCAGCAGAGCCAACAGGUAAAAACACAGAAUAUAGUUUUGGUAUCUUUCUCCUUGUUUACUCACUAAUAUCACGUCAAUAGUGCACAGUUGCCUAAGUGACCCUGAGAUACACUUUGGUAAUUGGGGUUUAACAGCAGCGUAAUUUCCACUCUCUGAGUAUGGCAGUGGUUCCCCCUCCCCUCCCACCCAAAGAAAUAAAAACAUGUUUUUUUAAAGGAACUAAACUUACUCUUGAAAGUUGUAAUAGUAGAAUGCACAAGGGGCAAUUUCGAUAUUGGGUAGUGCAUCAUCAGUUCCUCUUGUCAUGUCAGUCAUUGCAUACCUUAGAGAGCUAUUUAUAACUUGUCAGAAAUGUCCAGAUCAACUAGCCCAUGUCAGCUUUUUUAUGUAGUUUUUUUUGCCCAUAGAUAUUGUUGUAAUGUUUUUGUCACUGAAAUAUCACAUGAAUACACAUUAGACAUGACAAAAUAUGUAGAAUUGCAGGAAAUAAGCUUUAAACCUGCAACAUUCUCUCCACCAAAAAGAGAGGUGUGAACAGUUUGUGUCAUGAACAGUGCUUGUGCCCAUAGAAAUAAACAUGGCGCGUGUGCGUGCGGGAUAAAAAGUUUGGGAACCCCUGAUCUAUGGAAAGCUUUGCUUUAAAAUAGACUCAUCCCUCCCAUUGUCACAUGUCAUUUCAACUUGUAAUGCUGGAUUCCACACAUGUGCCGUAGUGGAGUUUCUGCACCAGGCUGGUUCAAUGGCGGUUUACAUUUUUGACAUAGCUUUUCCAAUAGCACUGUAUGUUGAUAUAGUGCACAUAUUGUGUAAUAUGUGAUUGAUGGAUGACAUUUGUAUGCUAUGUAUACUUGUGUGUCUCUAGCGCUAGAUCUGCUUUUCAAUAGACAAACUGAUGGGGUCUGAAUCUCAAUGUGUUUGCAUAAUGUGGUUGAUUUUAGAUGACACUGACCAGACCUUAUGUAUCUCUCUUUGUGUGUGUUUCCCUCUGUAUGUUUUUCUGUGUGUGUGUGUGUGUGUGUGUGUGUGUGUGUGUGUGUGUGUGUGUGUGUGUGUGUGUGUGUGGAUGUGUGUGGAUGUAUGUGCGUGUGCCCCUCUCUGCGUGUGUGUAGCUGGCGGAGGCAUGGCAGGAGGCUGCGACUGCGAGGGGGCGUUCCCAGCAGCUGCAGGUCCAGGUGGAGGAGCUUCAGGAGGAGGUCUCCCUGCAGGACAGGAGUAGCCAUGGAAACACAUCCCUACUGUCUGAGCUGGAGACCAGUCUGGACACCAUGGGCCUGGGCCAUGACAGAGAACAGGUAACACUAUAGAAACUAGGAGACAUGGGACCUGGGACAUAGGAUACAGGGAACCUAGGACAAAGGCAAGGGUUAGCACACUUAUCCUCGGUUAAUACCCUUGGUACAUACAUAGUCUUAGUACAUAAAUCAGAUAGAACCCUUUUGGUUCCAGGUAGAACCCUUUUAGGUUCCAUGUAGAACCCUUUCCACAGAGGGUUCUACGUGGACUCAAAAGUGUUCUACCUGGAGCAAAAAAGGGUUCUCCUAUGGGGACAGCCGAAGAACCAUUUUGUACCCUUUUUUCUAAGAGUGUAUAAAGUAUGAGGUGUUAGAAAGAUACAUAGAAUACUGAGAUACACAAACAUGCAAUCAAAGUCCACUACCUGUAUGUAAUAGGAAUUUCCUGGUGAACAAAAAGGAGAGCAGUCUUUUCUGGUUUAUUACAAGUUGCAACAGGGAAACACCACCCAGCACAGAAGCAGAGAAAAUAACUGGCCUCUUGGAGACAGGCCCUUUAUAUCCUAAUCACACAGCACCAAAUGUUCUGUAAACACCAGCCUGAGAGGCUUGUAGGAAGUCAAAGCAAAAAGGCAGUGACUUUGUCAGCUUCUACAGAAUCACACAGUGCCCAUAGAAUGUCAUCAAUACAAUAAAACAGUGAAUAAUCAGUGUGUCUGGCGUCAAUCAUUAUCAACAGAUAUGAGAAUAAUCCAUAACAUUCAGCAUCAAGUCUAGUGACCAUCAACCCGCACCUUGAGUGUCACAAAUUGAACACUGGAAGUGAUGUGUAUUACAGAAACUCUAAAUAUGCUAAAGAUGGUGUUGAUCACUUAAAUAUUCCCAUGACACUGUAAUGGAAGAAUGAUACAUAGCAACAGAACGUUCUGGGUAUGUUCUUGGUGACUCUGUGUGAUGGUACAGUACCAACCUCUGUAAAGGAACACUUCUUACCUUGUCUGUCCUGUCUUCAAAGAGAAAGAAACAACAAGGGCAACAUUAUUUGUGAGAGCUCUGCCACUAGCUACUGAGGUGUGAACGUAUUACAGCUCCUGCGUACGGGGUACAAUUAGUAGAAAACAUUGUGAUAAUGAAUGCUUGAAACCAAGCCUAAAAGGUGAGAAAGAAAGAGACAAAUUCUGUCACAUUUCGACUGUCUGAUUCUGUCAUUAUUUCGGUUUGUUUUCUUCCAUACCAGGAAACUGAUCUUUUAGUGAACCCAUGAGUCAUUCGCUAGUCUACAUUUCCUGCUUGGUUGAAUCACCUAAGCUAGAUGGAUCUUUCUACCUCGAACUGUCAGAGAGCACACACAUUCAGUCAGGUUUUGUGUUAACCUUUACGGGAUCGGUGUCCCUUAUACGGGACGGUUGUUGCUCAAUAUGCGAUAUGUGACUAGAAUUGUGUUGUAAACAACAGCCAACUUUCCGGGACAUAGACAUGUCUUAUAUGGGCAGAAAGUUUUAAUUCUUGUUAAUCUAACUGCAGUGUCCAAUUUACAGUAGCUAUUACAGCUAAAAAAUGCCAUGCUAUUGUUUGAGGAAAGUGCACAACAACAAAACACUUUUAUCAUGGCAACUGGUUUGGUACAUUCACCUCUGAAGGUAAAUAAUGUACUUACAUUCAGUAAUUUUGCUCUGAUUUGUCAUCCUGAGGGUCCCAGAGAUAAAAUCUAGUGUAGUUUUGUUUGAAAAAUCAAUUUUUAUAUUCAAAUGUAGGAACUGGGUUCUACAGUUUGACCUCUGACUCCACACCCACCCCGCCCGGCCAUCUAGAUGUGUAAAGGUUAGUGUAUUUUCUGUAGGGAAGCUAAUGAUCCAUAAUUUAUGACAUUCCUGGGAGUGUGCAAACUUAAAUAUUGUAUUACCAUAGCAUUGUUGUAUGUUCUCUAUAGUUAUGUACUUGAAAACCAAUUCGGCACAUUUGGGAAAACUCCAGGCAGACUUGAUACAAAAUAUUGUGUAGUGAUGCAAUUCUUCACUGGAUCAGUCUGGAAACUUUGCACACACACUGCUGCCAUCUGGUGGACAACAUCUAAAUUACAUCUAGAAUCCUACAUCACUGUCUGGCCUUCCUCUUGCAUUUCAAAGAUGAUGCAAAAGAAAAUAUAUAGAAAACACGUUUUUUUUUGUUUGUAUGAUCUUUUACCAGAUCUAAUGUGUUAUAUUCUCCUACAUUAAUUUCAAAUUUCCACAAACUUCAAAGUGUUUCCUUUCAAAUUAUAUCAAGAAUAUGCAUAUCCUUGCUUUAGGUCCUGAGCUACAGGCAGUUAGAUUUGUGUAUGUCAUUUUAGGCGAAAAUUGAAAAAGAAAGUGUCUGAUCCUUAAGAGGUUAAAGUGGUUAUACCUAUGGACGUUUUUUUCCUAUAGAGCUCAGAAGUCUCAAAGAAAAAAACGGUGAUCUUUGACUCUUAAAAGCUCUAGGACAGGGGUCUCCAACCCUGUUCCUGGAGAGCUACCCUCCUGUAGGUUUUUGCUCCAACCCAAGUUGUAACUAACCUGGUUCAUCUUAUCAACCAGCUAAUUAUUAGAAUCAGGUGUGCUAGAUUAGGGUUGGAGUGAAAACCUACAGGACGGUAGCUCUCCAGGAACAGGGUUGGAGAGGCCUGCUCUAGGGAAAGACAUAAGGUAGUGAGAUGAGGUAUAUAACUCAACUAUUGAGAUAUAUAAAUAACGAACACAGAACUCUACAAAAUUCCUUCCUCUGAUGUCAUCUAGGCCUAGGAAGUGUCAAGUUCAAGAAAAUGGGAUCACCAACUUUUUAACACCGUUAACCCACUUUUGAUUAUUAUUUUACCUUUCCUCCUCAGUAAUGAGUUCAACACUUUUGAAACAAGUAGUCAUAAUGUAGGCUGAGCAUAAUGCAAUGCCCCUGAGCUACACAUUCACAUUGUAGUGUUAAAAUAACACAGAGCUCAUUGACCUAACACACCAUAGUGUUAUUGUAUUUCCAAUGAGUUUUCUCCUUGCCACGGUGCUACUGCUUGUUUUAUGCGGCCGAAUUUAGGCCAGUUUACCUGGGUGCAAAUCUUUUUGUUAUAAACACUAUCCAAUACAAUUUGAUUUGGUUUAAAUUUGAAUCUCAUAUAUAUACAGUGGGUAAAAAAAGUAUUUAGUCAGCAACCAAUUGUGCAAGUUCUCCCACUUAAAAAGAUGAGACUCUAAUUUUCAUCAUAGGUACACGUCAACUAUGACAGACAAAAUGAGAAAAAAAAUCCAGAAAAUCACAUUGUAGGAUUUUUUAUGAAUUUAUUUGCAAAUUAUGGUGGAAAAUAAGUAUUUGAUCAAUAACAAAAGUUUCUCAAUACUUUGAUAUAUAUACCCUUUGUUGGCAAUGACACAGGUCAAACGUUUUCUGUAAGUCUUCACAAGGUUUUCACACACUGUUGCUGGUAUUUUGGCCCAUUCCUCCAUGCAGAUCUCCUCUAGAGCAGUGAUGUUUUGGGGCUGUCGCUGGGCAACACGGACUUUCAACUCCCUCCAAAGAUUUUCUAUGGGGUUGAGAUCUGGAGACUGGCUAGGCCACUCCAGGACCUUGAAAUGCUUCUUACGAAGCCACUCCUUCGUUGCCCGGGCGGUGUGUUUGGGAUCAUUGUCAUGCUGAAAGACCCAGCCACAUUUCAUCUUCAAUGCCCUUGCUGAUGGAAGGAGGUUUUCACUCAAAAUCUCACGAUACAUGGCCCCAUUCAUUCUUUCCUUUACACGGAUCAGUCGUCCUGGUCCCUUUGCAGAAAAACAGCCCCAAAGCAUGAUGUUUCCACCCCCAUGCUUCACAGUAGGUAUGGUGAUCUUUGGAUGCAACUCAGCAUUCUUUGUCCUCCAAACACGACGAGUUGAGUUUUUACCAAAAAGUUAUAUUUUGGUUUCAUCUGACCAUAUGACAUUCUCCCAAUCCUCUUCUGGAUCAUCCAAAUGCACUCUAGCAAACUUCAGACGGGCCUGGACAUGUACUGGCUUAAGCAGGGGGACACGUCUGGCACUGCAGGAUUUGAGUCCCUGGCGGCGUAGUGUGUUACUGAUGGUAGGCUUUGUUACUUUGGUCCCAGCUCUCUGCAGGUCAUUCACUAGGUCCCCUCGUGUGGUUCUGGGAUUUUUGCUCACCGUUCUUAUGAUCAUUUUGACCCCACGGGGUGAGAUCUUGCUUGGAGCCCCAGAUCGAGGGAGAUUAUCAGUGGUCUUGUAUGUCUUCCAUUUCCUAAUAAUUGCUCCCACAGUUGAUUUCUUCAAACCAAGCUGCUUAAAAAAAAUGUAUGCACGCAUGACUGUAAGUCGCUUUGGAUAAAAGCGUCUGCUAAAUGGCAUAUUUAUUUAUUUUAUUUUUACCUAUUGCAGAUUCAGUCUUCCCAGCCUGGUGCAGGUCUACAAUUUUGUUUCUGGUGUCCUUUGACAGCUCUUUGGUCUUGGCCAUAGUGGAGUUUGGAGUGUGACUGUUUGAGGUUGUGGACAGGUGUCUUUUAUACUGAUAAGUUCAAACAGGUGCCAUUAAUACAGGUAACGAGUGGAGGACAGAGGAGCCUCUUAAAGAAGAAGUUACAGGUCUGUGAGAGCCAGAAAUCUUGCUUGUUUGUAGGUGACCAAAUACUUAUUUUCCACCAUAAUUUGCAAAUAAAUUCAUGAAAAAUCCUACAAUGUGAUUUUCUGGAUAAAAAAAUUCUCAAUUUGUCUGUCAUAGUUGACGUGUACCUAUGAUGAAAAUUACAGGCCUCUCUCAUCUUUUUAAGUGGGAGAACUUGCACAAUUGGUGGCUGACUAAAUACUUUUUUCCCCCACUGUAUAUAUCUAUCUGUUCUCUCUCUCUCUCUCUCUCCAAUAGAUGACCCAGGAGGUUCUGUCCAUCCUGGAGCUGCUGCAACCCCUGACCCAGGUAGUGAAAACUCCAGAGAGGUCAGAGUUUAUAGGUCAGGAGGAAGGAGACCUGCAGGCCAUGCUGCUCCAGUUAAAGGGUGUGGCUCAGAAACUGGCCAACCACACCCACAUCCCUCAGGUGAGGAGUCAUCCUGGAAACCAAGCCACCGACCAGGGCACGCUAACUAACUCUAACAAUAGGCCAGUGAUGUGCUGUCAGGGUAGGCAGGGUAGCUUUUUUAAUCAAAUAAAAAAAGCUAUUGUCAAAAGGUUUUUAUGCUUAAAAUCCCAAAAUGUGCUAAAACUGCAUCACAAGCUCUUGUCGAUCUGUGCCUACCAUCCCAUCCAUUCAAAUCCAUUCAUUUUCCCAUGAAGCAGAGAGAGCGUUACAAUUUUAAAUCUUAAAUUACAGUGCAUUUGUGGGGUGGUGGGGGGGGAUACAAGAAGUAUUGAGUUGAAACAUUUAUAAUUGGUGGAGUAUUGGGUAGAAGGCUGCUACUGCGACCUCAAGAACCUGAACAAUGACCUCAUCAAAUACGAAAAAUCGGCAUCACAUAUACAACACUAGAUCACCCUAAAAAAAUUGGAGGACACAUGGAUCGAUAUGCCAUUAAAUGAGCAGCAAAAACAACAAGUCACCAUGCACAAUGCUAAGGUAAAGGAAAACCGUGAGAUUUUGAAGGACCUUACUAGGGGGAAAAAAAUAGUUAGCGUUUCGGGGUAGCCAUAUGAUGAAGCUAAUGUAAUCGUGGAAACUAUGUAUAGUUAUUGUGUACUUUUGCUGAAAAAUACUAAAAUGUUAGCUACAGUGGGUAUUAUAAGUAUUCAUCCCCCUUGGUAUUUUUCACAUUUUGCUGCGUUAAAAAAUGGGAUUGAAAUAGAUUGAAUUGUGAUUUUUUUAAAUUGAUCUAUACAAAAUGAUCCAUAUAUAUUUUUGAACGACUACCACUUCCUCUGUCCCCCAUACAUACAACAUCUGUAAGGUCCCUCAGUCAGGUAUUGCAUUUUAAGCACAGAUUCAACUACCAGGGAGCUUUUCAAAUGCCUCAUAAAGUGAUUGGUAGAUGGGUAACAAUAACAAAUCAGACAUUUAAUAUCUCUUUAAGAAUGGUCAAGUUAAUAAUUAUGCUCUGGAUGAUGUAUUAAACCACCCAGACACAUCAAAGAUACAGUCGUCAUUCUGAACUUAGCUGCAGGACAAGAAGGAAACUGCUCAGGGAUGUCACCAUGAGGCCAAACAGCUACAGAGUCCAAUGGCUGUGAUGGGAGAAAACUGAGGAUGGAUCAACAACAUUGUAGUGACUCCACAAUAAUGACCUAAAUGACAGAGUGAAAAAAGAAUACAAAUAUACAGAAUACAAAUAUAUAAAAAAAAUGCAUCCUGUAUGCAACAAGGCACUAGGAAUACACUUUCUGGCCUAAAUGCAAAGCAUUUAUUCAAUUCCCCCAUUUAAUUAAUAUACAGGUGCAGCUCAAUAAAUUAGAAUAUUGUGGAAAAGUUAAGUAAUUUCAAUAAUUCAAUUGACAAAGUGAAACUCAUAUAUAUCGUGGAUUAAUUACACAAAAAGUGAAAUUGUUCAAGCCUGUAUUUGUUUUAAUCUUGAUGAUUACGGCUUACAGCUCAUGAAAACCCCAAAUUCAGUAUCUCAGAAAAUUUGAAUAUUGUGAAAAAGUUCAAUAUUGUAGACUCAAGGUGUCACACUCUAAUCAGCUAACUAACUCAAAACACCUGCAAAGGUUUCCUGAGCCUUUAAAUGGUCUCUCAGUCCAGUUCAGUAGGCUUCACAAUCAUGGGGAAGACUGCUGAUUUGACAGUUGUGCAGAAGACAGUCAUCAACACCCUCAUUGCUAAAGAAGCUGGCUGUUCACAGAGUGCUGUAUCCAAGCAUAUUCAUGGAAAGUCGAGUGGAAGGAAGAAGUGUGGUAGGAAAAGGUGCACAAGCAACAGGGAUAACCGGAGCCUUGAGAGCAUUUUCAAGCAAAGGCCAUUCAAAAAUGUGGGGGAGCUUCACAAGGAGUGGACUGAGACAGGAGUCAGUGCAUCAAGAGCCACCACGCACAGACGUAUCCAGGAAAUGGGCUACAACUGUCGCAUUCCUCGUGUCAAGCCACUCCUGAACCAGAGGCAACGUCAGAAGCGUCUUACCUGGGCUAAGGAGAAAAAUAACUGGUCUGUCGCUCAGUGGUCCAAAGUCCUCUUUUCAGAUGAAAGUACAUUUUGCAUUUCAUUUGGCAAUCAAGGUCCCAGAGUCUGGAGGAAGAGUGGAGAGGCAUAGAAUCCAAGUUGCUUGAAGUCCAGUGUGAAGUUUCCACAGUCAGUGAUGAUUUGGGGAGCCAUGUCAUCUUCUGGUGUUGGUCCACUGUUUUUCAUCAAGUCCAAAGUCAACUCAGCCGUCUACCAGGAAAUGUUGGAGCACUUCAUGCUUCCUUCUGCUGACAAGCUUUAUGGAGAUGCUGAUUUCAUUUUCCAGCAGGACAUGGCACCUGCCCACACUGCCAAAGGUACCAAUACCUGGUUCAAUGACCAUGGGAUUACUGUGCUUGAUUGGCCAACAAACUCGCCUGAUCUGAACCCCAUAGAGAAUUUAUGGGGUAUUGUCAAGAGGAAGAUGAGAGACACGAGACCCAACAAUGCAGACGAGCUGAAGGCCGCUAUCGAAACCACCUGGGCUUCCAUAACACCUCAGCAGUGCCACAGGCUGAUCGACUCCAUGCCACGCCGCAUAGAUGCAGUGAUUCAUGCAAAAGGAGCCCCAACCAAGUACUGACAGCAUGUACAAGAACAUACUUUUCAGAAGGCCAACAUGUCUGUAUUAAAUAUCCUUUUUUCACUGGUCUUACGUCAUAUUCUAAUUUUCGGAGAUACUGAAUUUGGGGUUUUCAUGAGCUGUAAGCCAUAAUCAUCAAGAUUAAAACAAAUACAGGCUUGAACUAUUUCACUUUUUGUGUAAUUAAUCCACGAUAUAUAUGAGUUUCAAUUUGUCAAUUGAAUUAUUGAAAUUACUUAACUUUUCCACAAUACUCUAAUUUAUUGAGCUGCACCUGUACUGUAUGCUCUGUUGUUAGAGGGGAAAGAAAGAAAAAACACAGUCUACCUUACCUGUAAGGUGCUAUUGUGUUUGUGUCAUACAAUACCAUGUACCGGUAUAAGGACAGAUGACGUUGGAGUUAUGUCAGUGCUGUGGUUUUUGGUUUGGGUCUCUGUUGAGGCAUUGUUGUUAGAAGCCUGUGGCGGUGAUCUAGGAGAGGACAGGUUGGGAAUGUUGAAUGCUUCACAGAUCACAACAGGCACGGUCUAUUAUUCCUACUGGGAAAUACACCUUCACGUGAAAGUGCCUGUCAAAACAAUGCAGUGUUGUUUCCCCUAGUUUUAGUGCCUACACUGGUCUUAGAGAGAGAAAGGGAAAUGAGACUGGUGAAAUAAAGAUGUUAUCAGACAAAAAAGGAAAAUAACCAAAGGAUGAAACGAGAAGCACUAACAGAAGAUGAAAAUUAACAUAGUCUACUGGAGAACUGACCUAAAUAUUAGAUGGACAACAGGUACAGCAGCAAGGUCAUCACUGAUACAUAGAUCAUACUAAAUCACCUUCCACCUCUUACAGUCGGCUCAGCCCAGCACACGAGGCCUCAUUGUUCAGUUACCUGAGUCCUCAGUACAGUGCCCGGGUUCCCACAUGGAUUGCCGGCCCUGACAACAAAGGCUGGAUUCAUCCCCUAGGAGACAGAGACAUUAACACAGAGAUCAGGUGUCAGUCAGGCCUGCGUUCCAUGGAGAUUUAGAUUUAGACACAAUAAAGGAGUUUCUGUGUUGCUGGCCUAUUUGUGUGGGGCUCUAGGGGCUGGGGACUGGGCUGGAGAGAGAGAGAGGGGUUUUUCGGUACAAUGAUAGUCAGGUUACAGCUCUGAAUGUCCAGUGAAUACCAUGAGCUACUGUUUUAUAACACAACACCCACCUGUCCUGUGUGUUCACUCAUAGAGUGGCAGGUCUAUAGAACAUCCCAGGCUAGAAACUAUGCCGAACAUAACUAAGCACCACAGACACUGAAUACUCUGCUUUAGUCGUGGUUACGUUGGCACAUCUCAGUGUGUGUGGUUUGUGUGCCACCUUUUGGUCAUGUUGGUUAUGAGUUCUUGAUACAGCAGAAGUUGAACGCAAGACAUUGGGGUUGCUAAUAUUGGACUCAGACCAUGGUUUCAGUUCACUAUAUUCUCUCUUGUCCUCUCCCCUCUUUUAGAUGUCCCAGCUGCAGGAGGAGAAUGCUGAGCUGAGGCUGAGGCUGGGAAACAGACAGAAGGAAGAAGAGGUGGCCCAACAGGCCAUCAGAGACAGAGAUGAAGCCAUAGCUAAGUAAGUGUGGUUUUACCUUUAUCAUGUAGUUAUUUUCUGCCUUUAUCAGUCUUUGUAAUUUCCUUCAAUGUUAUUUUCAAACAGCAUUUAGCAUUCAUAAAGUGACAUGUUCCAUUUGUACAUAAACCACCAGUCAAAAGUUUUAGAAAACCUACUCAUUCAAGGGUAUUUCUUUAUUUUUACUAUUUUUUACAUUGUACAAUAAUAGUGAAGACAUCAAAACUAUGAAAUAACACAUAUGGAAUCAUGUAGUAACCAAAAAAGUGUUAAACAAAUCAAAAUAUAUUUUAUAUUUGAGAUUCUUCAAUGAGUAGGUGUUCUAAAACUUUUGACCGGUAGUGUAGUUCAUGCCAUUUUAUGUGUACUGUAAGUGUAACAUAUGUCCCUGUGCUGUGUUUUCAGUGGAAGAUUGCCAUGGGCUUUCCACAUUUGUUUGCUAUGAAUCUAUGAUGAUGUCACUGUGACUUAACAUGUGUUUGUCCCCGUUUCAUCAUGGCAGGAAGAACCUGAUGGAGGCGGAGCUGGUGAGGAGUAAGAACGACAUGAUGUGUCUGAACAACCAGCUGCUGGAGGCUAUCCAACGCAAGCUGGAGCUGUCUCAGGAACUAGAGGCCUGGCAGGUGGGUCUCUCUGUCUCUCUGUUUCUGUCACCACACUUCUCUCUCUCUCUGUCUGUCUUUUGCUCUCUUUAUCUAUCUCUAUUUCUCUCCCUUCCUCUGCCCCUCUCUCGCAUUCCAGUAACAUAUUAGGGCACUUUCAUAAGCUCUGUGAAAAUAUUAACAUUGGUUUAAUUAAGCCUAUUAUCUUCAGGGCACCUCCAAUAGUCAAAAUGUAAUGUAAUCCUUGGCCACAGAGUCAGAAUUCUAGUAUUACAUAGAGACUGCUCUUUAGCUGUAGUGUCCCCACUGGGGUUAGGGACACGGCAACCUUUAAACAGCCCUCUAAGUUUGGACUGAAGGGAUCUGAACUGAAUGACAGGUGGCAAAGGCUAGAAGAAUCUCUCUGCUACUCUAGUCUACUGCUGAGUCAUGGUGCUAGUGUCAGGCCAUCUGCUUGGUGACUACCUCCCUCUUGUGGUCAUAUGAAGACAUGGCAACAUAUUCACUGUAACUGACCAGUUCAAUAGCGAUGAUUGAAACUUUCCUACAAUUUCAACCUCAUGCUAUUGGAAGCAUAUUUAAGCUAUUUUUAUAUCCAGCUCUUGCAUUUAAAAUGUAUGUAUGUAAAGUCUAAUGAGGCUGUAAUGUUUUUAUUUAUUUUCUUCAGGAUGACAUUCAGAUCAUCAUCAACCAGCAGCUGAGGACCCAGCAGCAGUCGGAGCAGGUCCAGAUGAAGCCUGCCUCCAACCCCAUGUCCUUCUGGAGGAGACCCAGCACCGCUUCCUCCACCAAGCCCCGCCGGCCCUCCUCCUCCCCCGCCUCCUGGACCUCUGAGGCUGGGCAAGAGAAGCCCCAGUCCCCCUGGAGAGACUGGCUCCGACCGGGCAAGGUGGCACAGCCUGGCAAAUAGUAAGCUGGUAUGUCUGUUGCUUCACCGUGAAGGACUGGCACAUAGCACAGAACUGUCUUGACCAGCUGGCCAUUGAAGAAGACGAGUCGAGUCGUCAAGACAGGAACAAGCUGGUGGAACACUACUGAGUGGAACUAUCAGUCUUGGUAGAUAGAGUAUCAAGCAGAACAGGACAGGCUGAACACUCAGUUAUAUAGUAGACUUCAGUAGAGUAUUAGGAUUCAAGACCAUGGUGUGUUGGAACAAGGACCAGAUAAGAGCCCUAAUGGACAAAGAGUUAUCAAUAAGUAGACAGUAGUUUCCCCACUGUCACUGAGAAUAACCUAAGAACAUAAAAAGCAUGUUAGAGCGGUUAAAGACUCUAGCAUGGUAACUACUAGCAUGGCCAGGGAGUCACACACUAGCAUGGUGAGAGCCACGACAAGGAAAGAUGGUUAGAAGUUGUCUUCUUCUGCCUUAUAAUGAUGGUUUUAAUUGUGAGGUCGUUGAUGCCUGAGAUUAUAAAUGUAUGUGUGAAUGUCAAUGUUUGUAAGAAUACUGAUAGUAUUUGCUCAGACUAUUUAUUUCAUCCAACCUUUAUUUAGGCAAUGUACAGACAGACUGGAGGGAAAUGAAGUUGAUAGAUUGACUGGACUCCGAUAAUAACACAUAAUGAAGUUAUUAUUCACCUAUAAUCAUGUUGUAAAUGGUUAGCUAUUUAGAAACACAGUUAGAUGAUAUCAGAUCUAAGUGGUAUUCCAAUCACUACAAUCUGUUCAAAAGAUGUAAUAAUAUUCAAUGUUGCCUGCUGUCUAUGCAAAAUGGUUUCCAUUAUGUAUUCAGAGAAAACAGUCCUUAGUAGAUAAUAACCAAAUAUACACUAGGUGCUAAUAAAUAAUCCCUUGAUAUACAGUAUGUCAUGGGUUCUCGUGUGAAAUGUUAUGUGAACUAGAUACAAUAUGAUUUAGGUCCAAAAUGCAUUUCAUGCAUUGUAUUCUUACCUUAUGGGCCUUAGUUUUUGCCACACAACUGAAGGGGACAUUUUGGGGGAAGGGUGCAAUAUAGAUCAACUCUAACUAGGAUGGUCAUAUAAGGUCAUACUUAUUUUGUUUACAGUACCAGAACAAUCUUUGAUUUUAUUUUUUACAAUCUAAUGGACAGAAUGCAUGCAAUAUGUUGUCAACACGUUAAGUAAGUUCUGUCCUGUUGUUUAUCGACAUUUGCUACUUGUUCAUUUUCAUUUAGGUUUUUAUUGACAAAAUCAGAAUGUCCUCAAACUAUUUGAUUUAGUGAAAAACAGAACAAUGCUGAUUGAAUGACUGAAAAUGUCUAGUACUUGCAACUCUUAUUACAGAAUAAAUAAUGCUAACAUUUUGAUUCAUAUGACUAAUUGUUGUAAUAUAUGAAUGUUAUCAAUGUGCAUACAUUAUGUUGUGUAUC